UUAAGUUGGUAGCAUUGCAGUAUUGUCAACACUGUCUAACAGCCAGCUGAUUAUGAGUGACGUUUUUAAUUUUGCAUUUCAUUGAGUUACUUUUAUCUCCUGUCUUCGAAAUUACCUUAUAAGAUGGAUAACUCAAUUAGUAAUUUUGAACUAUCCGAGAGCACUGUACGUCUGGGAUCAGAUUCAGAAAAAAGCUCUGAGAAAAGUGAUAACUUCGAGGAGCUUGUUGAACCAGAUACCGAUGAAUCAUCGAACGGCACUAACGAAAAUAAGGUCAAACUUCAUAGUGAAGAUUUUGAUAAUAAUUUACCCGAAACAGUCACUUUGCUCAAGCACCCCGAAACCGGUGUGAAAGUAUACCUAGUAGGAACCGCACAUUUUAGUAAAGAGUCGCAGGAUGAUGUAAUUAAAGUUAUUCGUAAUGUACAACCUCAAAUAAUUGUGUUGGAGUUGUGCGAUGCACGCACUAGUAUUUUAUCUUUGGAUGAGGCAACAAUAUUAGAGGAAGCUAAGAAUAUCGACUUUGAUAAAGUUAGAUCGACAAUUAGGACUAACGGCUUUUACAAUGGUGUUAUGUAUUUAUUGUUACUGAAUAUGAGUGCCCACAUUACUAAGGAAAUCGGAAUGGCGCCAGGAGGUGAAUUUCGUGUCGCUUAUAAGGAGGCUAGAACUUUGCCCAGCUGUAGUAUACACUUAGGAGAUCGCCCAAUACAAAUUACCUUAAAACGUGCCUUAUCUCGGUUAUCGUGGUUUCAAACUAUUAAGUUAGGUUGGCACCUUUUAACUAAUAAAGAGCCAAUUAGUAAAGAAGAGAUUGAGAAAUGUAAACGGCGAGACAUGUUAGAGCAAUUACUAGCAGAUAUGGCUGGCGAAUACCCCGCACUCGGAGAAGUCUUUGUUGAUGAACGUGACAUUUAUCUAACUCACUCUCUGCAAAUGGUCUCCGGUCCGAGAUUACACAAACAUCAAGAACCACCAACAGUUGUCGGUGUGGUUGGAAUGGGUCACGUGGUCGGUAUUACUCGUCUUUGGCUCAAAGACCAGCGUCCAUUUCUCGCCAACAUACUCACCAUUCCUCCGCCUUCGCUGUCAUCGAAAAUUUUUAGGAUUACAUUUAGAUUAUCCCUUCUUACUCUCGGAGGUUUUGUUGUUUAUCGUUUUGUGCCUAUGCCGAAAAUGUUUAGGGAAACUUGCAGGACUGGUUUUGAGAGAAUUGUUUCUAAUAUUAAGAAGUUUUAAUAUACUUGUGAUACUUACUAUUUGUCUUCCUAUUUGAGUACACUGAAUUUUUAUAAUUGGGUUUAAAUUAUAUUUUAAUACUUAAGAUGAAUGUCCAGAUCUAAUGGGAAUUUAAAGCUCUGUUAUACAAUCCUUGUUUUUUUAUUAGUCUAAGAUAAGGGUUACUUUUGUAUCAUUCCAAUAGUUAUUUGUGCAACUGGUGUUCAUAAUGUGCUUGUUUUUUUUAUUGGUUUUCACACCGCUGUUGGGGAAACUUUUUAUGUUGAUUCAGAUGUUCUCUGGUAUUAAAAUAUACAAUUUUGAAUGUUAUACAAGGAACUGUCAGGUGUUAUUGUUUGUAAUUUUGUUGCGUUAUCAAAUGACAAAAUAUAUUUUUAAAUUAA